AUGUCUGAUAGAAUUUACGAUUCAGAGAAAAACGUCGGGGACGAGUACACCUUGAAGACACUCGACCACUCGUCUCCAGGCUCUGUCCAUCCCGUGGGGGAGGCAGAGAAGCAGGAUGCUGUCUUCGGUACGAUACAUGCCGACGGGCCCGAUUACCGCGCUGUCGGAUGGAUGGGGACGGCGGUGCUCAUGAUGAAGACCCAGGUCGGGCUGGGUGUACUCAGUAUCCCGGCGGCAUUGCAGACGUUGGGGAUGGUACCGGGUGUCAUCUGCCUCAUGGUCAUUGCUAUCAUGACGACCUGGUCGGACUAUGUGGUCGGGACGUUCAAGCGGAAUCACCCUGAAGUCUAUAGCGUAGACGACGUCGGGUUCCUCUUCUUCGGUCGUAUUGGUCGGGAAGUCUUCGCUGUAGCCUUCUGCCUAUUCAUGACCGCCGUCGUCGGCGCAGGUAUCCUCGGUGUCUCGGUCGCUCUCAACGCCGUAUCGACCCACGGCGCAUGUACCGCCAUCUUUGUCGUCGUUGCCGCCGUGAUUGCCUUCGGACUGGCCAGUAUCGAGACCCUCGGCAAAAUCUCAUGGCUUGGGUGGAUCGGCAUGAUCUCCAUCCUCGCCGCCAUCCUCACCCUGACCGUCUCGGUCGGCGUCCAGGAGAGGCCAGCGCUCGCUCCUCAGGUCGGCAACUGGAACAAGAUCGUAUAUGUCACCAACAACCCGACCUUCUCGGAUGCGGUCAGCGCUAUCUCGGGAUUGGUAUUCGCUUUCGCGGGUACGCCAGCUUUCUUUGGUAUCGUCUCCGAGAUGAAGGACCCCAAGAUGUACACCCGCUCGAUGCUCGUCUGCCAAGGCCUCGUGACUGUCGUCUACCUUGCUAUCGGCAUCGUUGUCUACUACUUCUGUGGCCAAUACGUUGCUUCUCCAGCUCUUGGAAGUGCCGGUGUUACCAUGAAGAAGAUCUGCUACGGCCUCGCCCUUCCCGGUCUCUGUGUCACCAUUUGCAUCUACACCCAUCUUCCCGCAAAAUACCUCUUUGUCCGCUUCCUCCGCGGCAGCCCCCACCUCACCUCAAACACCUUCAAGCACUGGGCGGUCUGGCUCUCCUGCACCGGGGGCUGCGCGGCCUUUUCGUACCUCAUCGCUAGCGCUGUACCAGUCUUUGGCGGUCUUGUCGGGCUCAUCGGCGCGCUGUUCGGUACUUUGCUCUCAAUGCAGGUCAUGGGUGGGAUGUGGCUGUACGACAACUGGGCGAGGAGACAUUCCGACAAGUCUCUCUCAUACAGGCUACUUGUGGCUUGGAACAUGGCCAUCAUUGUGGUCGGAACGUUCCUGAUGAUCUCAGGGACGUAUGGCUCGAUCGACGGCAUCAUCGCUAGCUACCGGAGCGUAGGCGGAUCGAGGCCAUGGACGUGCGCGGACAAUUCUGGGUCGGUCUAG